UCAAGCCUCCCGCAGCUUCUAUACACGGAGCCAGAGCACUACUCCGUAGCUUGUUGCCGCCGCCCUCCUCGUCCCCGAGUCUCCGUUCACCACCAGCAGCACUAGCCAGAUGGCUCGCUUCGCCGUGGUCGCCGCCAUCGUCGCCCUCCUCGCCAUCACCGCCGCCGCGCAGAGCCCCAUGCCGGCGCCCAAGAUGGCCCCGCUGCCAGCACCCCCGGCGAAGUCCCCGGUCGCCACGCCUCCAAUUGCUGCGGCGCCGUCCCCGAUGACCGCCUCUCCGCCGUCCCCGCCCACCGGCUUGGCCCCCACCGACGCUCCUUCCGCGAUGACGCCCUCCGCGGUCUCCGCCGCACCGGCCGGCGCACCCACCGCUGGCGCCCCCGCGAGCUCUGAUGUGUACGCCUCCUCCGUCAGCUUCUUCGCCGUCGCUGGCGCAGUCGCCGCCGCCGUCAUGUUCUAGAUGGAAGCCAUCUUCGCUCCACUGCCGAAGGACUCUGCUUCACUGUUGCUUAUGCAACGAGAUUCUUUUCACCUAUUCUUUAUUAGAGGCUGCGGAUAGAGUGACAUACAUUGCCAUGUUACUCUCUUGCUAGUACAUGUACCUGCGAUCAUUAUGAAUACUGUAGAAUUCUUUCAUUUGUUACAAUAUCUCCCGUCAUUGGUGUCUUC